CACGGUCUCUGCGCCCCCUGCAGGCUGCAGUCUCACACUGCGUCAUAAUGGUGGCGGACGAGCGGGCGGCAGGAGACCAGUAAAGAAGGGACGACACGAUCCUGCCUCGCCUCGCUUGUUUCACAAACAUUUAAAAGACUUAAAAACGGACAUUUCUCAGCACCACAUCUGUCUCCUCUGAAGACAGAAGCAGGCACCAUGAAGCACUUCCUCAGGGUUUUGACCCAGCUCUUCGUGUUCCUUUAUUGCAAGUGUCUGUGGCGAGGCCUCAAGUUCGUGGUCCGGAAGUUCACCGGACGAUGCGAGCUGCAGCGGAUCUGCUACAACAACAAACACGGCGCCCGCAGGACGCUCAAGAUCGAGUCGUCCCUGAGAUACUCCAAAAGUGAGCUGCUGCAGUCCGCCCUCAGCACCCACCCGGACAAAGUGGAGAAAAGCAUCGAGGACAUCAUGGCUCUGAAGAAGAUCAACCCUGACACCAACCCUCAGUUGGGCAUCUCCCUGCAGGCCAGCCUGCUGCAGAUUGUGGGCUACAGGAACCUGCUGGCCGAGGUGGAGAAGCUGCGCCGAGAGCCGUACGACUGUGAGAACGCAGAACACGAGGAAAUGCUGAUGAAGCUGUGGAAGGAGCUGCGUCCUGACACCCCUCUGAGCAGCCGCAUCUCCAAACAGUGGUGCGAGAUCGGUUUCCAAGGCAGCGACCCCAAGACGGACUUCCGCGGCAUGGGCCUGCUGGGGCUCCACAACCUGCUGUACUUUGCAGAGCACGACAAGGCCACGGCUCUGCAGAUGCUGCACGACUCGCUGCAACCAAAGCACAAGAGUGCACACAGGAGGCAAAGCGAGGCAAACAAGGCUGAAUGGGAACAGCGAAACCUUGAGAAAGCCAUCGGCUAUUCUUUCGCCAUUGUGGGCAUCAACAUCACGGACCUGGCCUACUCACUCCUGGUGGGCGGAGCCCUGAAGACCCACCUGUACAACGUGGCCCCCGAAUUACCCACCCUGCUGCACUUCCAGCAGACCUUCUGUUACCUGAUGCAGGAGUUCCACAGCUUCUGGAUGGAGGAGGACCCCAGCGACAUCAUGGAGUUCAACCGGGUGCGCUCCAAGUUCCACCGGAAGAUCCUGCGGCAGCUGAAGAACCCGGACGCCGCUCUGUGCCCCCAUUUCUCCGCCUCCGACCUCCACCUGGUCAAUCUGUAAACACUCACCCUCACUGAUGGACCCACCCACCGGACGUCUGGUAGGCCCGUUAUGUACAAAAACAUGAGCUAACAGAGCUACCGUCAUCGCCGCGUCACUGCCAGCCGCUUAACACACACACACACACACACACACAAUGCAGUGUAAGACCACCAGCAUCAGAGAUGACCGCAGCGAUUGUAGCUGUCCCACCAUCACACGUUUAUCUUGCGUUAAUGAUUGUAUCACGCUACCUACGCUCAUUUUGCUUUUUCACGCGCCAAAAAUCUCGCUCUCAGCCAAAAAAAAAAAAAGUCGAUGUUUUGAUGUACUGUCAAGUAUUGUAGUUGAAUGUGGAGCGUUUACAGCAGUAGUUUAUGUCCUGAAGAUGCUCACAAGCGCGUAUCAGCAACCAUCAAGUAAAGGGACAAUACUAUAGAAAUACUUUAGAAUAGUCAGUGUACAGCUUGUAUAGCAGUAUUUAUAGCCGUCAGUGCCCACAUAGCUGGCAACGCAAGUGAGCAGCAAGAUCAUUUCUUGCGUGGUGGUGGUGGUGGUGGUAGCGUCACGGUCUGGGGCUGUACGAGUGCUGCCGGCACAGAGGGGAGCUGCACUUUACUGAGAAUGAAUGAAUGAAUUCCAAAACACAUUGUUGUCUAAAAAGUGGGCAGCAAAAUAAAUGUGUCUUGCCUAGAGUCAAGCAUGGUGGCGUUCGCAUCAUGCUCUGGGGCUGCAUGAGUGCUGCCGCCACUGAGGGGAGCAGCAGCUCAUUGAGAGAAACAAGUGAGUCCACCUCACAGUGACUGCCUUCAUCCUCUUGGGCAUCUUGGGCAUGGAAUAGAGCAGAGCUGCACAGGUUCCUCCUGGAAUCCUCAGGUGGAGCUGCUGGAGGUUGCACACUUUGCACUCCUUGCCCCACAGGUGCUCAAUUGGGUUCAGGUGUGGAGGAGACAUGACCAUCACCUUCAUCUUCCAAUUCAUGUGUUCCCUCAAUGAACCAGUGCCUGUCAGCACUCGUGCAGCCCCAGACUGUGACGCCAGCGCCACCGUGUUUGCGCAUUGAUCUUGUGUUGCGAACUAUUUCCACAAUAAAGGCUGUGUAUUGAUAGUGCAUCUAUACUGCUUACAAGCUGUACACUGACUACUCUACAGUACAUCCCAGUUCUGUAGAAAUACAGUAGUUGCUGAAAUGUGGGGCGCGUACUCGCUUUGCGGAGAUGAUGUACAGUGUAGGAUUUAUUGGAAUGGAGUGCUUCUCAUUUCUACCGUGAAUGUUUCUCACACACUCACGAUUGUUUUUAAUAUUUUGAAUCCAUCGAAUGUGACACUUUGUCAGCCAAAGCAAUAAUUCACAUUCUCUUGGCUUUUGUUUUGUUUUGUUUUUUUGCGCCAUGCGUGCCUGCCGUGCUUGUUUUUGGUGUUAUCUUUCCGUAACGUUUACAGCCCAAUGAAGGAAAAAUGUAACCUGAUGAUGGUGCUGACCAGUCAGCCAAAAAAGCAACUAAAGCAACUAAAAAGCACUAAAUACAACUAAAACUACACAAGAAUUAAAAGUAGCAAAUUGAACAAAUUGAUGAACAAAUGUAAGCUCAGCCAACAUGUACUGAAAUAAAAGGAAACUUCAUUAAAUUCAAGUCAGCUAAGAUGAAAUAAACAAGAAUCCGACCAAAUGUGACGAAGCUGAAGUGAAUAGAAGUAAAAAGCAAACUAAAGUAAACUACGUUAAAAGAACUAAAGAAGACAUUAAAGCAGGGGUGUCCAAACAUUUGAAAACGAAAGGAUGAUGCACGAUAUGCUAAGUUAUAUAGAUUUAUAUAGAUUUAUAUAGAUUAUAUAGGAAAAACUGCAUUUCAUCUUAUUAGUAUGAACUUCGUUCUUUGCUCUUCUUUUUCUCUUUUUUUUUUUAAUUUUCCAAAUAUUUCAACUUUCUUCUUCAAUAACUGUCAGGCCUUUUUUUUACAUUAUAUUAUGAAAUUAUUAUUCUUUUAAAAAAUAACAUUUUUUCUUUAAUAUUUAAUCUCUAGGCUACUAAAAUGACAUUUUUUUCCCCUCAUAUUACAAUUUUAUUCUUGUAAAAUUGUGACUUUUUUCUUUUAAAAAAACAGCUUUUUUACCUCUUAAUAUUUUGACUUUAUUCUCAUAAAAUUACAGCUGUUUUUUUCCCAUUCCUGCUGGGUUUUUUUUUUCAUUUUCCAACUAUUUCAACUUUCUUGUAAUUUUUUUAAAUUAUGACUUUAUUCCCAUAACAUUUAGAUUUUAUUCUCGUAACAUUAUAACUUUUUCUACAACCUAAUUUUUACAAAAUUACAACUUUAUUUGUUGUUUUGUUUUUCUUAAUCACGAUUUCUAAAGAAAAUAAGUUUUUUUCUUUGAUAUUUCAACUUUAUGCUACCAAAAUGUCAUAAUAUGACAUUUUCCCCGUAAAAUGACAACUUUUUCUCGUUAGAUUACCACUUUUUUCUCAAUAUUUUGACUUUAUUCAUGUAAAAUUACUGGAGAUUUUUCCAUUUUUACUGUGUUUUCUUUUCUUGUUAAAUUAUAUUUUUAAAUGUGUCACGGGCCAAUAAAAAAAAACAGUUGCGGUCCAGAAAUGGCCCCUGGGCCACACAUUGGACACCCAUGCAUUAAAUGUGAAUUUAUACAUUUAAAACCAAUUCAUUUAAGCUGAACUAAACCUUAAGUGAAUUAAAUCAAACUCAACUAAGUGAAAAAACAAACACAAUCAAACUAAAGUGAGCAAAGCUAAACUGAAUUAAAGUAAGCUGAACUGGAAAAGUUAAAGGAAAGAGAAAAGUAAAAAAAUCUCAACCAAACUGAAACAAAGCCAAAAAUAAACCAAAGUAGAUCCUAAACUGAAUCAAACUACUUCAACUAAACUAAAAACCUUCAGUUAGAAAAUGAAAGUCUUUGUCGUCAUGUUAGAUGCCACCAGCUUUAAUGCAAAGAAUCCAUUUUUUUGUUGUUGUUGCUCUGUGCUGACCAAUGAGUAUUAAAAGAAGCAUAGUUAUCUCUAAAUAUUUAUCUAUUACCUUAAAUAAAUAAUCUAUAAAUGCCAUGAACUGUCAAGAUACAGCUUCCUAUCUCAAAGCUUUGUUUUUACGCUGAAUUCAUCAACACAAUUUGCCUUUUCACUUGCAUCACACACAUUUUGUCAUUCAUGAGAUGCGGAACACGGACGUGAGAGAUGAAAACGUGUGCAUUGACUAUCCCUGCCUGUAUUGCUGAGGUUCUUUCAUCCAUCCGUGCCAAAAACAGUGCUCAGCUUUUUGCACCGUAGAUCCACAAACACACACACACACACACACACACACACACACACAUUUGUCAGUCGUUCCAAAAUAAGAGGACCAGUUAGUCCGUGUAGAUGAUUAGUCUGCAUGAUUGUAUCUUCACUCUCACCGCUUUGAUAUUCUUUAGUGAAGCCCAAAGGGAAAACAAUAGCUAUUGUAAUGCUGUGCUUUAUUUGUCUGUGCUGUGCAUUUCCGACCACAAUAAAAGGUAAAAGACACACAAAACGAUUGGUUGUUUU